UCGAAAAUAAUUUUUACGGAAUAUAUUUUCCAAGAAACGAACUUUUUAAAGCGCAUUCAUGGGCAUCGCCUCGGCCUUCUUCUCGACGAUUACAACGUCCUCAUAGCCUGCCGCAGCUCCGACGUCCGCCGUCUUCCUUCUCAAUUCAAGCAGGUUAUUGUGUUUGCUGUCUGCUUUGAAAACUGAGGAGAUUAAGUGCAAGGAAAUGGCAGGAGGAAACUUUUUGCACAGGGUUAUCUCCUAUGUAGCUAAUGAGAUCGUUGUGAACGGUCUGGCUAAUAGCCCUGCUUUUCAAAGAUUUGCAGUGAGGACAUCAAAGAGACUGGAGGAGGUGUCUAAUAUGGCUGCACAAAAAAGACGAGAGAUUGCAGCCAAGGUGAAGGAUCUAUCUGAGGAAAUAGAGUCACGGAGAAACCACUAAAAGGUUUGCGUUAGUGAGAAGCUGAUUGGCAUGGAGCGCUACAUGGAUGCCCUCAUCUCCUCCCUCUCCGAAUAGUUAGAAUAAGAUGCUUGAUGUGGAGUUGGGGGAACUUAUAUGUUUUAUAGAUAUAAAAUCUAGAGCCACAUUGUGGGCUGAGUAUUUAAAGAUUGCAGUCGUUUUUCUUUUAUUUUAACGGUUCUGCGGUCACAAAAGGUCAUGACUCUGAAUCUCUGAUUAUAGAGAACCUGACUGGGAACUGCAUUUUGAUCUCAUUUGUACCCUGUUAAAAUUCAACAAUGGCUUGGUGGAUCAAAUGUGGUACCUAAUGUUAUAUUUAUUGAUGCCA